CGACCUACUUGCUAGCGGAACAGAGGAGGUUUGCAAGUCGUCAAACCAAACUAGCAGCUCGUCGGUCAAGAACGAAGCGGAGGGAAGAGGUGCUUCGGAAACAUCAUUUCCAAAAUAUCUAACUUGACACAUUCAUCAUUUCCAAAAGGAUCAUGGCUGACGACUUUGAUAUCGAGGCUAUGCUGGAGGCCCCAUACAGAAAGGAUGAGAUCAAGUCCCCUCAUGCAAAUGGACACGAGCACAGCAAAAAGAAAAAGAGGAGUCGGAGUCGGAGCCCAGGCUCUACCAAAAAAAGAAGCAGAAGCCGGGACCGGAAGAAGACCAAAAGAAGAAGCAAGAGCCGUGAGAGAAAAAAAAGCCGCAGCAAAGAACGUCGUCACAGUCGCUCCCGUAGCAAGGAACGUCCUGGGCGGUACAAAGCACGCAAGAGUCCCUUCCGAAAACGUUCCAGAACCCACAGCCCUCACAAAAAAGAGAGGAGUCCUGUUAGGCAACCAAUUGACAACUUGACGCCAGAGGAGAGGGAUGCUCGCACAGUUUUCUGCAUGCAGCUCGCCGCAAGAAUAAGAGCACGAGAUCUUGAGGAUUUUUUCUCAGCUGUGGGAAAAGUGAGAGAUGUGAGAAUGAUCUCAGACAGAAAUUCCAGGAGGUCAAAAGGGAUUGCCUACAUUGAAUUUGUUGAUGCUAGUUCUGUACCAUUGGCCAUUGGUUUAACUGGCCAGAGGCUCUUAGGAGUGCCCAUCAUUGUCCAGGCCUCUCAGGCAGAGAAGAACAGGGCUGCAGCCGCUGCCAGUAGCCUACAAAAAGGCAGUGCCGGACCAAUGCGUCUCUAUGUUGGCUCACUGCACUUCAAUAUUACUGAGGACAUGCUGCGUGGAAUCUUUGAACCUUUUGGAAGGAUUGAGGGCAUACAGCUCAUGAUGGACAGUGAAACUGGGCGAUCCAAAGGAUAUGGCUUUAUAUCGUUUGCAGAUGCAGAGUGUGCCAAAAAGGCCUUGGAGCAACUGAAUGGCUUUGAACUAGCUGGGCGGCCAAUGAAAGUAGGACAUGUUACAGAGCGCUCUGAUGCAUCCACGGCUAGUUCCUUCCUGGACAACGAUGAGCUAGAAAGGACAGGCAUUGACCUUGGCACUACAGGGCGUCUGCAACUCAUGGCCAGACUAGCAGAAGGCACUGGUCUGAAGAUUCCUCCUGCUGCACAGCAGGCCUUACAAAUGAGUGGAACCAUCCCCUUUGGAAAUAUGCCAGCUACAACAGCUGUUCCGACUCCUGUGCAGAACCCAGCUGCAAACCUCCCAUCUCAACCACUGGCCACACACUGCCUUCAGCUGUCCAACUUGUUCAACCCACAGUCGGAAAAUGAUCCCGGAUGGGAUAAUGAGAUCAAAGAUGAUGUGAUUGAGGAAUGCAACAAACACGGAGGAGUUGUUCACAUUUAUGUUGACAAGAACUCCACUCAGGGUAAUGUGUAUGUGAAAUGUCCCUCAAUACCAGCAGCGAUGGCUACUGUAAAUGCCCUUCAUGGACGUUGGUUUGCAGGCAAAAUGAUCACAGCUGCCUACGUUCCUUUACCAACCUACCAUAACCUUUUCCCUGACUCAGUAACAGCAAAGCAGCUAUUAAUGCCAACACGUCGAUAGGUCAAUACAACAUUGUCUGACUGUAUAUACAGUACAUUUUUCAUAAACUGAAAUGGACAUGUUAACCAUUGGUUGAUUGUGAAUUGUUUAUAAACAAGAGAAUGAUGCAGCUCCUUGUUGAACCUAAACUUUCUUGGUAACAAUCGACCACCAAUUUGCAGACACUUAAUUUCCAUGUUUUUAAAUGCAAUUGUUAAUGGCCGUUUCUUUAGCAGUCUAAAUUUGUUUGUCCAUUUUGUUUUAGAUAUAUAAACACGAUGGCAUAGGUAUAAUCUGGACAAAUAGGCAUUCAAGUACCAAAAGCAGUUUUUUGUUAACUAUGUAAAGAGUUAAUACUUCUGUUUGCAAAUAAAACUUGUAUAAUUAA